ACGUUUACGUAAAAAAACAAGAGCCUCGUCCGAUGUUUCGCAACAAACGUUAACCGCGACCGGACGUGCUAAUCGACGGACGAAUUAUUUGAAUCUGUACAACAAUGUCGUACCGGAUGCGGAGACGCGUGACGCCGAAAGGAUGAGACCGCGGACUGCCGUCGAACGGACUUAAUUCACAUGACGAAUCCAUUGAAAAUUUGCCUUAAAACGUAUGCCUUAUUUUUUUUAACUUCGCUCUGCUCUGGACGGUGUCUUUUUGGCGUGACGGUUUUUCGAACGGUUUUUGUAAUUGUUGGGUAACGGGGGUUCACGCGUUUUAUACCACUAGGAUUAUUUAUCAAUCAUGCUUAAUAAACUAGCAAUAAUAAUAAUAAUAAUAAUAAAUGGACGUUUUUAAUAAUUGAACAAAUUUUAAUAAACUGAUGUGAUACAAUUUAUACAAAUUAAUAAACAUAUUUCGUAAGUCAUAUCCAGUAGAUGAACAACGACGCAGCAACUAUUACAAUGAAUACAAAGGACAAUCGUGCAACUCAAUAACAAUAACAGAGAUAAAGCAUAAAACUCUUUAAAUUAAAUUAAAUAAAAACAGUGACCAAUGUCCAGACAAAUGAGAAGAGGCCACGUCGCACCGAGGACAACACUCAUCGAAACCAUCAUCAGAAAAUUCGAUACCGACAAUCGUUCGUUUUUGGUGGCGAACAGCCGCGAGGGACAAUGCCACGUGAUCUACUGUUCGGACGGCUUCUGCCGCCUCAGCGGCUACUCCCGGGCGGAGGUGAUGCAACGGCCGGCCUCCUGCGAGUUCCUGUGCGGCGCCCUCACAUCCCAGCAGGCCGUGGCCGCCCUCAGGGACGCGCUGCGGGACGGCGUCGAAAAGCACGCCGAGAUAUUAUACUAUCGCAAAGACGGCUCAAAAUUCCUUUGCUCAGAGGUGAUCGCCCCGAUACGAAGCGACGUGGACGACAUCAGUCUGAUCAUCAUCAAUUUCGAGGAUCUGACGACGGCACCGGCCCAAUCCGUCGAAACUAGCCCGGUCGCCAAGCCGAAUCGGCUCAGCAAAUUCGACCGGGCCAGAGCGUCGUUCCGGCAGUCGCUGCGUCUCGGUUCGAAUUUGCGGGGUCGUGGGUUGAGGUUAGCCGGCUAUUUGACGCCGCCCAGUGAUGUUACCGCUGCUGAAGAGGAGGAGGAUAAUUUGGAACAAUGCCCAUUGACCUCGCACUCGUCGACCGAACAAGGAUGGGUCCGGGACGUGGAGAAGGCCCAGCUGUCUGCGCCGAGGGAGGCGGCCGCCCUCACGGUCUCGCGCAGCGCCCCCGCCUCCCACCAUACGUCGUUCGAGCGGGGCGAGAGCACCGAACGCGGCGUCCGCCAACCCCUCCUCAACAACUGCAACAGACACUACAGCGUCUCGUCUAAGGUCGCCCACGCCACCAGCCUGGACGCCAUCGCCAGGAGACAGUGCUUCCGGACCGGCUAUCCGAGCGUCACUCAAGCACAAAAGCCGACGCUGUCGAAGCAGUUCCCCAACGUGUCGUCGGAGAGCGACCUGCAAAGAUACAGGACGGCCCAACAUUCCAACGAACGCAAGAGUCCCAGCCUGUCCAAUCCGACGGACAGCUUAAGACAAAAGGUUUGUCCGCAAUUCUCCUUCCAAGACAAUGGUUCAGCCAAGUACUUCCAGAGUGGCAUCCACACGCCCAAAAUGGGGGAAAAAGUCGCACAAGUGUUGUCGUUGGGGGCGGACGUGAUUCCCGAUUACAAACACCAGAAACCGAAGCUGCACAACUGCACGAUACUCCAUUAUUCGCCGUUCAAGGCGGUCUGGGACUGGGUGAUAUUGAUAUUGGUGAUGUACACGGCCAUAUUCACGCCGUACGUGGCCGCGUUUCUGCUCAGCGAACCCGACGAGAACAGGAAAAGCAACAAGAAGUAUGAUCCUUUGGUCAUUGUCGACCUAAUCGUGGACGUAACGUUUAUCAUAGACAUUCUGAUAAACUUCCGGACGACAUACGUCAGUGGCGGGGACGAGGUGGUCUCCGAGCCCGGACGAAUAGCCGUUCACUAUCUGAAGGGGUGGUUCAUAAUAGACCUGGUGGCGGCCGUUCCCUUCGACCUGCUCCUUUUCGGCGACAACACAGACGAGUUGGGCUUGGACAAAGACGAGACAACCACGUUAAUGGGACUCCUAAAGACCGCUCGGCUCCUGAGACUGGUGAGGGUGGCCCGUAAAAUCGACAGGUACUCGGAAUACGGUGCGGCCGUUCUAUUAUUGCUGAUGGCCACCUUCGCGCUGAUCGCCCAUUGGCUCGCCUGCAUCUGGUACGCGAUAGGGAACGCCGAAAGGUCGAUACUGCCGAACAAAAUCGGCUGGCUGGACAGUCUGGCGAACGACACCCAGGAGUUUUACGGACCCAACAAGACAGGCGGACCGAGCAUCAAGAGCCGCUACGUGACGGCGUUGUAUUUCACGUUCACCAGCCUGACGAGCGUCGGCUUCGGCAACGUGGCACCGAACACCGAAUCGGAGAAAAUAUUCACGAUAAUCGUCAUGUUCGUCGGAUCUCUCAUGUACGCCAGCAUCUUCGGCAACGUGUCGGCCAUCAUACAGCGUCUGUACUCGGGCACGGCCCGCUACCACACGCAGAUGCUGCGUGUGAGGGAGUUCAUACGGUUCCACCAGAUACCGAAUCCGCUGCGGCAACGGCUGGAGGAGUAUUUCCAGCACGCGUGGACCUACACGAACGGCAUCGACAUGAACUCGGUGCUCAAGGGGUUCCCCGAAUGUCUGCAGGCCGAUAUUUGUCUACAUCUGAACCGAAACCUGUUGCAGAACUGCAGCGUCUUCGACGGAGCCAGUCCGGGAUGUCUGAGGGCAUUUUCGUUGAAAUUUAAGACGACCCACGCCCCUCCGGGCGACACGUUGGUGCACAAAGGUGAUGUUUUGACUUCCUUGUACUUCAUAUCGAGGGGUUCCAUUGAAAUUGUCAAGGACGAUUUUGUAGUAGCCAUUUUAGGUAAAUAUGACAUUUUUGGAGAGAAUCCAUGCGUCCACACAACUUUAGGAAAAUCAGCUUGCAAUGUCAGAGCCUUAACUUACUGCGACCUGCACAAAAUACAUCGCGAUGAUCUAUUGGACGUUCUGGAACUGUAUCCGGAGUUCUACAAUCAUUUCCUGAACAAUUUAGAGAUCACAAUGGAUUUGAGAGAUGACGACCAAGCCGGAGUGAUUCCCAGACGGUCCUUCCAUCCAAAAUCGUACGGUGUGAAAGAGGCACGAUUUUUUAGGGGUGUUGCCUCUAAUGGAAGUCGUGGCAAUUCGAUGAACGGACGUCAAGAGUCUCAGUACAGCGACGAAUCUGAAUCAGGCCACGGAAUUUUGGAGUUUUCUACGGACAAGGCGGGUCAGGAUGUCACACCAUUGAACCUGGAGUUCGGAGAGGAGAAGCGCAGAUCGUCGACCUUGAACUCGAUUACAGGAGUACUGUCCCAGCUGAAGAGAAGCAUACCGGACUUGAGACUGCACAAAGCCACCCACCAACCACUGAUAGCCCAAUCGACGCCCCCUUCGAACCACCGCAUCAGAACGAUCAGACGGCAGUCGUCGAUAGGGAUGUACCAGGAGCAACACCAACAAGCGGCGCCCGCCCACGGAGGUUCAGCCGGCCCAUUGUCCAGCAGCACCAGCUACUACACGAACAGUCCCAGUCCGCCGCACGGUCCCGAAAUCGGGACGCAGGAGGAAACGCUGGUCGCUCUCGACGGCGUCACCACUAGCUUAAGUGUUCAUCCGCCAACCAACCUCCCGUCGCCAGUCUACCAACAUUCCGAACAACCGCAGGACUCGGUGGUGAUGUCCAGGACGCAGCUGGACGGCAUCAACACGAAGCUCGAGCAGCUGACGCGGCGCAUCGGUUCGUUGGAGUCCAGUCUGGCGUCGGAGGUGAGGACGAUCCUGAGCAUACUGCAGACGCAACAGGUGCAGCAACAGACGUCGUCGUCGGAGGUGUCCACCCUUAAGCAGGACUUGCUGGAGUACGAGAACGCGGUGGUGGCGGGAUCUGGCACGUUGGGGGACGCGGGCAGAAGCAGGUGCACGUUCCAACGGUCGGUCAGUGAGCCGAAGCCCAUUUCGGCCAAGGCCCACUCGCAGCCGUUGCACAGGUUUGCGUCGUUCAACAAGACGUUCGACAUGGACAAGUACCAGCAAGUACCGGAUCUCAGUUGGAGCGAGGCGCUCCAGCCGAAGGACGUGCAGGAGGAGAAGAGUGCUCCGAUCGCAAAACUAGAGUCUCUAGACGAAUUAGACUUGGAAUCACCGUUAGGCAGUCCGAAGCGACCCAAGAAGUAGCCGUUAGGAUUUUCAAUUGAUUGAAUAUUUGUGAUUGAACCCGAGGUCCGAUGGAUCAGCUUUUUUAUAGACUGUUAUAUUAUUGUUAUUGGACCGAAAGAACGGUUCGUAAAUCCGAUUCCAUGUUCAAGGGUGUGAGGGUACGCAUAUCUAUUGAAAAAAAAAAAUAUAUAACUUGAGUGAUUAUUUCCAUAUCGAUCGACUCGAAAAGCAAUAAAUUAUUCGUGGGUUGUCGGCGUCGGUGUUCGUUUUCGUUUUGGAUCGGAUUUCGAAUUGAUCUUGACGGCCGGAAUAUAAGUGAGAUUAUUUUUAAAUUAAGUCUUAAGGUUUUAGUCUUUACAUGAGGAUAAAGAAAACUAAAUAUACUUAAAAACAUAAUCGCUCGCGGCGGAGUUCGAACGACGAUUGUUUUCCGAUUGACGUCCGUCUUGUUGAGCGAACGCAUGUAUAAAGCAAAAAAAUUAAUAAUAACAAAAAAAAAAACACUCGUGGGCAACGGGCAGACACGUUGUUACUUGUUUGAAGUGCCGCCGCCUAUAAAUUCCGUCGUUAUAUACAUACAUAAAAUUUAAUGAAAAUUGAUUUUGUACUGAGAUGUGAUUUCUGAAAAUUUGUAAUGCCCACUUUUACGUGCGUGACGUUCCCGCAUCAGCAAAUUAUAUAUUCCAAAAGAAAAGACGUCAGAUGAAAAACUGGUGAUUUGUUGCGUUGUUUACUGUUUUCUUUUUUUUUAACGAUUUUUAUCUAUAGUUUAUAUUGCGAAAAUGUGAACACUGUUGAUCGGAUAUGUUGUAGCAAUUUUUCGCGCUGGUAAAUGAAUAAGUCGCUUUAAAAUGAUAUUACUGAUGAAUUUUUUAAGCACAAGACGUAUAUAUGUUUAUACACAGUUUUAUCAUAUUUUUAAUAUGUAUUGUUAUUAUAUUCAUCCAUCAAGAACGAAUAAAGAACUAUCAAAUACAAA